UUUCUAGAAGAUAGAGAGAGAAACCUCAAAACUUAAGAACCACCAAACCAAAGGAACCGCCACCCACAACACAACUUGACCCGCCCGAACCGGAUUUAGACUUGGCGUAGUCUCACACAAUUCAACAAUCGGGGCAUGACCUGACCAGUCAAGCCCACCACCAAUAAACCCGAAUUCAAUUUCCAUUUUCUCCCCUUCCUCCUUCCAUUUUCCUUCCCUCUUCAGAUUUUUCCCUCUCUCUCUCUCUCUCUCUUUCUCUCUCUACAAUUCACAAAUUAGAACUCUGGACUUCCGAUCAACACCGUUCGCACCGAUCACUGAUCGAUUAGGGAGGGAAGAAAUUAGGGCGGAAGCUUCUGCUACACCAUGUCGAUGUCGGAUUCGGAUACCUCUUCGCAGGGGGGCAGCGAGUACAAGACUUUCCGCCAAAUUAGUCGCGACAGAUUAUUGUAUGAAAUGCUUCGAUCAGCCAAGACAGGGGACUCAAAGUCAAGUUGGAAGGUACUCAUCAUGGACAAGGUAACAGUUAAAAUAAUGUCUUAUGCGUGCAAGAUGGCAGAUAUUACAGAUGAAGGAGUAUCAUUGGUGGAAGAUAUACACAAGCGAAGACAACCAUUACCAGCCAUGGAUGCCAUAUAUUUCAUACAGCCUACCAAAGAAAAGUACGAAACUUUCACUUAACUAUUGUUCUGUUAUAAGUUUUGACAUCCUGUGCAAGUAGUAUUAUGGGGUUGAAAUUAAAAUGUGAACUGUCCUAUGAUUUUAGAGUUUGUGAUGAAGCUAAUCAUUAUGUACACCCCUUGUUACCGUCUCCCUUAUCGAUCUGUGUGAAUUUUUUUAGUGGAAAUCACUUAACUUGUAAGCAUUAUAUAUAUUUUCUUCGACAAUUUGUCGGCAUAAUAGCAGAACUUGUAGAACUAGUGGCUUAUAAGAAGAUCAGUUGAUGCCAUAAUUCUUUGCUCACAUUAAACUAAGAAAACAAGUAUAGGAAAUUUAUGGUUGUAUCUGAGAAGAACUAUUCUUAUUUGUUGGUGAGAAGAUUUGGGCCAAUGCUAGGAAUUUUGCAGCACAGUGGAUACACUUAUUCUGUCGGUUCUAUAGUUCAGAUAUAGUUGCAAUUAUUCUACAUUUGUUGGGAUAUAAAAUAGUUCAGAUAGUUGCAAUUAUUCCACAUUUGUUGGGAUAUACAAUGGAAACAUCUAGAAGACUUUUUGCCACAUGACAGCCUUAGCCUCCAAAGAAGUGCAUGUGAUAAAUGUUGCACACCAUAAACAGAGGUAUGAGGCGUGACACCUCAUCGGUCAAAGUGAGAGUUAUGGCAGGUGUCAUGCAUCAUAAUGGACAAAGAUUAGUGGCCUGAAAUGCAUGUCACAUACGUAAGAGUGACAAAAGGAUGUGGCAUCUAGAUGGUCACUGUAGAACAUUUGGAUUAGUCUAUGAAUAUGCAUAACAGCGUAAGACAUUCAACAAAAAGUAUACACUUACUCUUUCAAUAUAAGGGGCUUGCGGGAUCAGGAUUGUUUCUCCUUUUUUGAAAAUUUUGGUGAGAAGGCAAUAAUGUUAGGAAUUUCUACAAAAUAUGUGCUAAUGUUUAGAUUUUAUGAUAUCAAAGAAAACUAGAGAAAUCAAGUUUACUAAAGGCCUCCUAGUAUCUUUAACAUAUGUACGUUUAAAUUAGUUAAUAGAGUAUGUAUAUUAAAGUUUCCCCCGAUUUGGUGUCUUGGAUCCUCAUUUCAAUUUUAAUUGAUCAUCAUUUCUGCAAUAUAUGCAUUAUGUACUAAUAUGCAUGUUUUA